GUUUCUGUCAGAAAAUGCGUCGUGUGUGAAAAAACGGAAAAAGCAGUAAAGGCAGCAGAAAAUUUCGAUUUUUCAGCACGUCAAAAUCCAUUGCUUGGUAAGUUUUUCGAACGUGUGCAGUGAUUGCUAGACGUUGUUUUCUGAUCUAGAAGUUUGAAACCUCCAUCGAUGGAUUCCUCGGCCAUGUCGCUCAAGUCUGCGGACGAUAUCCCGCUGGCGGAUGAUGAUCUGGAAGUGAUCAUCAACGACGAUGACAGCUCCAAGUACAUGCAGAACGGUCGCUCACUGGAUUCCAUCGCCAGCUCGUAUACGAAUGGCAAUUCCAGUCCGCGUCACUUCCUCGAGAGCGAAGGACCCGAUGCGGACGAGCAAGAGGAGCGCGCUCGACUCAUCACUCAGGUUCUGGAGCUGCAAAACACCCUGGACGAUCUGUCCCAGCGGGUAGACAGCGUCAAGGAGGAGAAUCUGAAGCUCCGCUCCGAGAAUCAGGUCCUGGGACAGUACAUCGAAAAUCUGAUGUCCGCUUCGUCGGUGUUCCAAUCGACCAACCAGGGUCAGGCAUCGUCGGCCCCGAAGAAGAAGUAAAGAAAUGGAGAUGGCAGGAAAUAAUGUUUCCUUCAAAGACCAAAGAAAGCGGAACGAUUCCUUUCGUACGUACCUAUUUAAUGCAGAUUUUUCUCCACGCUGGUGCUAGGGAUACGAACAAAAUGAUCAUUGUAGAAACACACGCUUUCCAGUUCAAGUUUGACGAUUAUUUUGAAAACAGAAAUCGCUUAAUUAUUACUCAGCUUCAACAGUGUUGAUGAACUACUCUACAUAUAGUAAAUGACAGGACUUUGGGCAUAGAUUGAGAGGCAAUUCGUGUAAACGACACUGCAACUAUUUUUUGAAAGAUAUGAAUUUUGCACGGAUCGAGCAAAGAUAUGACACUAUAGAUUCACUGUAGAGCGCAUACCUAGGGUAUUUUUUUUUAGUUGGUCAGUUUUUGUUCAAGAAAAGUACUGCUAUUCGAAAGGCUGUUUUGUUAUUAAUUGCCAUGAUUAUUUUCUGGUCGUUUAGGCAUUAUUGUUUACGGAAGUUAAUUCUGUGUUCGGAUAAAACUCCUCAAAUAUCUUUGUUUUGAAUAUUUAAAUAAGUAAGUUUAAUACUCUUUUGAUUUAACGCUUACAUAGUCCUUAAGGAGGUAUAAGGACAGAUUUCCAUGAUCGUAAUUAAGCAUUUUCCUUUUAUGUUUAUUUAAACUCGAAUUCGUUUAUAAGUUUUAUAUAACAACGUGAUCAAAUAAUUUCCACUCAUACGCAUUGUAUUACGGAUUAAUAACUAAUAAAUUUUUCGCUUUGUACGAACAA